GGAACACAAAGUCAUCAGUGUGAUACAGAAGGAGCUGAAGAGGUUUAAGAAGCUCCUGAGUCCAGAUUCCCCAGCAUGCUCUGAGAGGGAGGUGGAGGAUGAGGAGGAUCAGAGCAGUGUCAGAGAGGGAGUGCUGAAGAUCACACUGCACUUCCUGAAGAACAUGAACCACACAGAUCUCGCUCACACACUGCACAACAAACACGUCUCUGUGUAUCAGCAAAAGCUGAAAUCCAACCUGAGAGAGAAGUGCAAAAGAGUUAAUGAAGGAAUCUCACAGCAUGGAAGCUCAGCUCUUCUGAAUGAGAUCUACACAGAGCUCUACAUCACAGAGGGGUGGAGUGGAGACGUCAAUAAAGAACAUGAGGUGAGACAGAUUGAGAUGGCGUCCAGGAGACCAGCAACACAGGAGACACCCAUCAAAUGUAAGGAUCUCUUUAAAGACACAUCCAUCAGAAGCGUGCUGACUAAAGGAGUUGCUGGAAUUGGAAAAACAGUCUCUGUGCAGAAGUUCAUUCUGGACUGGACUGAAGGAGAAGCGAAUCAGGACGUCACCUUCAUGUUCCCACUUCCCUUUAGAGAGCUGAAUCUGAUGAAGGAGAGAAAUCUCAGUCUGAUGAAUCUCCUUCAUCACUUUUUCCCAGAAAUGAAAGGAUUUCGAUUAAUAGGCUGUGAUAUGAACAAAGUCCUGUUGAUCUUUGAUGGUCUGGAUGAGUGUCGACUUCCUCUAAAUUUCCAGAACAAUGAGAGAUUGUGUGAUGUGACAGAGUCGGCCUCAGUGGAUAUGCUGCUGACAAACCUCAUCAAGGGGAAUCUGCUUCCCUCUGCUCUCCUGUGGAUAACCUCUCGACCAGGAGCAGCCAAUCAGAUCCCUCCUGAGUGUGUAGACCAGGUAACAGAGGUACGAGGGUUCAGUGAUCCUCAGAAAGAGGAGUACUUCAGGAAGAGGAUCAGUGAUCAGAGCCUGGCCAGUAAAAUCAUCAAAAACAUGAAGUCUUCAAGAAGCCUCUACAUAAUGUGCCACAUCCCAGUCUUCUGCUGGAUCUCAGCCACUGUUCUCGAGAGAAUGUUGGGUGAAGCAGAGAGUGGAGAGAUCCCCAAGACUCUGACUCAAAUGUUCACACACUUCCUGAUCUUUCAGAUCAAACAUAAGGACCAAAAGUACCAUCAGAAAUGUGAGCCUGAUCCUCAGCAGACCAGAGUGAGUAUCCUGGCACUGGGAAAACUGGCUUUCCAACAGCUGGAGAAAGGAAACCUGAUCUUCUAUGAGGAAGACCUGAGAGAGUCUGGCAUUGAUGUGAGAGAAGUGUCAGUGUACUCAGGAGUGUGUACCCAAAUCUUCAGAGAGGAGUUUGGGCUUCACCUGGGGAAGGUCUUCAGCUUCGUACAUCUGAGUGUUCAGGAGUUUCUGGCUGCUUUAUACACGUUUAUCUCCUUCAUCAGCAGAAAAGUAACAGAACGACAAACCACUGAUCUGUCUGAUCUUUUCACCAAAUCAAACAUGUCUGAUUUCCUCAGGAGUGCAGUGAACAAGGCCUUACAGAGUGAGAAUGGACACCUGGACCUGUUCCUCCGCUUCCUUCUGGGUCUCUCACUGGAGUCCAAUCAGACUCUCUUACAAGACCUACUGUCCCAGACAGGAAGUAGAUCUCACAGCAAAAAGGAAACAGUCGAGUACAUCAAGGAGAAGAUCAGGGAGAAUCCAUCUCCAGAGAAAUCCAUCAAUCUGUUCCACUGUCUGAAUGAACUGAAUGAUCAUUCUCUAGUGCAGGAAGUACAACGUUACCUGAACAGAGGAGAUUCCAGUCGUCUCAGUGGAGUCAGACUCUCUCCUGCUCAGUGGUCAGCUCUGGUGUUUGUGUUACUGAACUCAGAACAGGAGCUGGAUGAGUUUGAUUUGAGUAAAUAUGACCCAUCAGAGAAAUGUCUUCUGAAGCUGCUGCCAGUGGUCAAAGCCUCCAGAAAAGCUGAUCUGUAUCAGUGUAAUCUGACAGAGGAAAGCUGUAGAGUUCUGUCCUCAGUUCUCAGCUCAAACUCCUCACUGAGAGAACUGGACCUGAGUACCAAUAACCUGCAGGAUUCAGGAGUGAAGCUGCUCUCUGCUGGACUGGAGAAUCCACACUGUACACUGGAGAUACUGAGGUUGUCUAAAUGCAGGAUUACAGGUGAAGGUUGUGCUGCUCUGGUUUCAGCUUUGAGGUCAAAUCCCUCAUCACACCUGAGAGAACUGGAUCUGAACUACAAUAAUCCAGGAGAAUCAGGAGUGAAGCUGCUCUCUGAUCUACUGAAGGAUCCACACUGUACACUGGAGACACUACAUCUGUGUGAGUGUAAUCUGACAGAGGAAAGCUGUAGAGUUCUGUCCUCAGUUCUCAGCUCAAACUCCUCCAGACUGAGAGAACUGAACCUGAGACACAAUAACCUGCAGGAUUCAGGAGUGAAGCUGCUCUCUGCUGGACUGGAGAAUCCACACUGUACACUGGAGACACUGAGGUUGUGUAACUGCAGUAUUACAGGUGAAGGUUGUGCUGCUCUGGUUUCAGCUCUGAGGUCAAAUCCCUCAUCACACCUGAGAGAACUGAAUCUGAACUGGAAUAAUCCAGGAGAAUCAGGAGUGAAGCUGCUCUCUGAUCUACUGAAGGAUCCACACUGUACACUGGAGAUACUACAGUGAGUUACUGACUGUCUCUUCUCACACACACACACACACACACACACACACACACACACACACACACACGCGUUUCAUGUUCCAUCUUCUCCACAGUAAACUCAAUCACUGUUUCUCAAAA